UUGACCGUUCUCCUACUCAUGGAUAAGGUUGAUAUUGAGCAAACGUAUAAGCCCCGACGAUUUCAUUGGUAUAUCAGACCGAAGGGAUCAAGUGCUUCCGAAAAGGAUUGCUCAUGUACGGCUUCGACUUCUCGUGACGAUUGUCAUCAAACAGAUUCUUUGAGAGAUGACUUAUCUGAAUAUCGCUUCUGUCGUGGAGGGAUUUCUGCAAAAUCCUUAUCAAACAUGAUCAUCAUUGCUUUGAUUCAGGAAAUAACAUGUGGCCUCAUAUUUGCUACUCGUGAUGAAUUGUGGUACAGCAAUCUGCAGAUGCUUUUCCUAGCUGCUUGUAGGAUCAUUCAACUGGCACCUUGCUUUUGCGCCUUAUUGGGAAAUUAUCGGAAUAAUGCUGUGCUGGUGUUUCCUUUCAUGAUCAUUCAAACUACAGUUGGAUCUUAUGCUGAUAUUCAAUCGUAUCUUGUGCUACUUCAGGAUUGGCGCGAUGUUUCAUCGGAUUUGUUCCUAUUGUCUUCUCCUUUCUACUACUUGGUAAUUCCCUUAUUUGGUUAUGUUUUGGCUCUCCUGCUUGUUCUAUAUAUCCAAUAUAAGUCCAUGAAAAUUGUAAAUAAGAAGAAGAAUAGUCUUGCUCGGUAUAGUACGGACGUCGAGCUUAUGAACGAGUCAUUAAUGUGA